AUCUGCACAACAGCAAACAUUUUACUGACAACAUGUACCUAUCUCUGUCUGUGUUUGUAGCCAAUCUGAGUCAAAAGCGCAAACGGCGCAACUGGGAGGUCCCAGAACACACACCGGAAGUAGCUCGCAACGCCUACUACGGACACAUGCUUAACGUGCCAGGAGAAGCUAUCAAAACGGAACCAAGAGAUUCGCCUACACACCAAUUUCUUGGCUUCCAGGGCACCUACCGCAAUCCAAACGAGACCCCGUCACCGGUGGAACGAUCGCCUAUCGCGCACCAUGGUAACACAACGCCCGUCGGACCGACCUCCCCCUUCACCGGUGCUGCCAGUAGCUUAACACCAACCCCCGGCGCAUACCAAGCUAGCCCGGGCAACGAUUUUUUCCUUGGCACCCAGCAGCAGUUCCAGAAUCAGUACAACUUUGUCGCAACCUCCCCUACCAACGGUUUAACGAUGUAUCAACAGCAACAGCAGCAGCAGCAGCAGCAACAACAACAGCCGCAGAAUCAUCAGUUCCAGAUUCCCGCCAACAUCAGCAACGUCGUCCAGCAGUUCAAUAUAGGAAAUCUCGUGAAUGGUGGCCUACCGGUUACCCUUACUCAAGCCGGUCCUAGUGGAAUCGGAACCGGAGCGGCUGGAUCCUGUCAGCAGACCACGACUGGCAAUACGACCGAGUACAAUCUCAGCAGUUUGCUCGAUAUGGAUCUCGGUAAGGAGUUCACCAUGAACUCAUCCGAGAUCAAAUCGAUUAUGGGGCAUUUCUCCAACUCUGACAUCAAGCAGGAAUUGCAGAACAAUAAUAACACUAACACUAACAACAACAACAACCAGCAUCACCCGCAUCGAAUGCAGCAGGAAGAAGAAAACCUUUCGAACAGUUUUACAAGACUGACGACCAGUACGUUGAACAAUUUGGAUAAGUAGGCCGCGGCCGAAGUGCAGUGAAAUUUUGAGUGUACGAACAACAACUUGUAAAUGCUAAUAAGAAAGUAAACGUUGUUUUUUUA